AUGCAAUUUGCGGUGCAAGCGUAGUUUAUUUGGCGAUAGAUGGUAAUAAUGUGGGAAGUUAUGAAGAAGUUAGAAGUUUGGCUAAUUCUGCAGUAGAUUCAGUAUUGGAAAAAAUAGAUGAUAAUAAUCGAAAAGAACAAGUCUUAAAAGUUAUGCCAGAGAAUAAAGAGAUCACUUCAGAUCAAUCACAGGAAGAGCUUUCUAAAGUGGAUAUUGACAAC